GAGCUUCGGAGGAGAAGCAGCCGCCUGUGCAUGGACCGCGCGCGAUUCUCCGCCGGCCCCGCCGCCGGGCCGGCGGGCAACUCCAGCCCCUGGUGGCCCGCGGCCGGUGCCAACCACAGCCGCGAGGCCGAGCAGCUCGGAGCUGACGACGCGCCUCAGGAGGACGCGCGCAACGAGGAGCUGGCCAAGCUGGAGAUCGCCGUGCUGGCCGUCACAUUCGUGGUGGCCGUGCUGGGCAACAGCACCGUGUUGCUGUCCCUGCACCGCACUCCCCGCAAGACGUCCCGCAUGCACCUCUUCAUCCGCCACCUCAGCCUGGCUGACUUGGCCGUCGCCUUCUUCCAGGUGCUGCCGCAGCUGUGUUGGGACAUCACCUACCGCUUCCGCGGACCCGACGGGCUGUGCCGCGUGGUGAAGCACCUGCAGGUCUUCUGCAUGUUCGCGUCCUCCUACAUGCUGGUGGUCAUGACCGCCGAUCGCUACAUCGCCGUGUGCCACCCGCUGAAGACACUGCAGCAGCCCGCGCGCCGCUCGCGGCUCAUGAUCGCGGCCGCCUGGGUGCUGAGCUUCGUGCUGAGCACGCCGCAGUUCUUCAUCUUCUCCAUGGUCGAGGUGAACAACGUCACCAAGACCUACGACUGCUGGGUCACCUUCAUCCAACCCUGGGGGCCCCGCGCCUACGUGACCUGGAUGACCGGCAGCAUCUUCUUGGUGCCCGUGGUCAUCCUGGGCACCUGCUACGGCUUCAUCUGCAACCACAUCUGGCGCAACGUGCGCGGAAAGACAGCGUCGCGCCGCGGCCCGGGCUCUGGGAGCGCGGGGGGCCCCGGGAGCGCGGGGGGCGCCUUCCGCAAGGGGCUCCUGCAGGCUCCCUGUGUGAGCAGUGUCAAGACCAUUUCCCGCGCCAAGAUCCGCACAGUCAAGAUGACCUUGGUGAUUGUGACCGCUUACAUCGCUUGCUGGACGCCCUUUUUCAUCACCCAGAUGUGGUCUGUCUGGGAUGAGAAGUUGGAAUGGGCCGAGUCAGAAAAUCCAGCCAUUACCAUCACUGCAUUAUUGGCUUCCUUGAAUAGUUGCUGCAAUCCCUGGAUAUACAUGUUUUUUAGUGGUCAUCUCCUGCAAGACUGUGUCCAAAGCUUCCCAUGUUGCCAAAACAUGAAGCAAAAAUUCAACAAAGAAGAUUCUGACAGUAUGAGCAGAAGACAGACUUCUUACACUAACAACCGAAGUCCAACAAAUAGUAUGGGUACAUGGAAGGACUCGCCUAAAUCUUCAAGAUCCAUCAAAUUCAUCCCUGCUUCAACCUGAAUCCCCACUAUCUUACAGCAUGACUCUUAUAAAGAAAUUUUAGUCCAUUUACUAAUAAAGCCAGUUAGGAAAUGAGAUGAACUUGUAUGAGAUAAUCCUAAAUCAAUUCACUGAGUACAAGAUUGUGAUUGUACAUUAUGACCAAAACCUAUGAAUUGUUUUAUAUAAAAUGUUAAUAAAAAUCAUGUUAUAUUAUUUUAUGUUAAAAUUUCCAGGCCUGAUUCCCAGAACUAUAACAGAAGUUAUCUUUCUAAAGAAAAUAUUCUAGUCACCCAGAAUUAUAUUUUGUUAUUGGUUUAUUUUUCAAAUACUUAUGGCAUGAUUAGUUUAUACAGUAGUAGCAGUUCUAUAAUAAAGUGAGGGCAUCAUCAGUCUUAAGUUGAAAA